AAGAUUUAACAACUCUUCUUAAAAUUGAAGGAUCAAAUAUUAAUGCUCUGGAAUUAAGAGGGAUACUGUAUAUGAAAUUAAAAUGUUAUGAUAAAGCAUUAAACGAUUUCAAUGCAGUAUUGUUAUUAAAACCUAAUCUACUUACUCCAUUGGCUAAUCGAUCAAAGAUUUUCCGAAUGCAAAAAAAUUAUGUAGAUGCAUUGAAUGAUCUUGAAAAAUAUUUAAAGUUUGGUGGUGAACUAAAUGCUUCAAUACUUAAAAAUAGAGGAUUAAUCUAUCGCGGAUUGGCAAGAUCUAAAGAUGCUUUGAAUGACUUUUCUGCUGCAUUACAGAAAGAGAGGAAAGGUUCGAUCUUUAGACAUCGUGCUUCCGUGUAUAGGACUUUGAGACAAUAUCAAGAAGCAUUACACGAUCUGGAUCAAGCGAUAGAGAUUAAAAACUCUGAUAAAGAAGCUAAUACUAUGCGUAAUCAAAUUUACACUCAACUUAAUAGAGGAUUAACAACGUCAUUACAAGUAACACCAAAUGAUGUUAAUGCACUUGCAGAUCGCGGUACCGUAUACUAUGCGAUGGGUGAAUCUAAUGAUGCAAUGACAGAUCUUAAGAAGGCUUUAUCAAUAAAUCCAAAUCAUGUACCUGCCUUAUUAACUCGUGCCAAAGUAUAUCGGUCACAGAAGGAAUAUAAAUCAGCAUUAGAUGAUCUUAACAUAGCAAUUAAAACUGACUCUUCUAAACCACGAUUAUAUCGAAACAGAGGAAAAGUAUAUACGUUAAUGAAUGAUUAUACAAAUGCAUCUGCUAUACAUGAAAAACUUGAAAAUUACCAAGAGGCAUGUAUAGAUUUGAAUAGAGUUUUACAAUUAAUACCGGAUAAUCUUGAGAUUUUAUUGAAACGGGCAACUUUAUGUGAGCGGCUGAAAAAAUACCAUGAGUGUUUAGACGAUUGGACUUCUAUUCUGAAACUUAAACCAAAUGACAUUCAGGCACUUCAAAACAGAGGGAAAAUAUUGAUGAAAUUAUGUAGAUAUAAUGAUGCUAAAUCAGAUUUUGAUCAAAUAUUGCAACUUGAUGCUCAAAAUAUUGAAAUUAUAGCAUUAAGAGCUGAAAUUUUACAAGAACAGAAUAAAUAUGAUGAUGCAAUCAAAGAAUUAACAGAUGCGAUAAAUAAAUUUGGAGAUAAAUGCCAUUUGCUUGCAACACGUGGAGGGAUUCAUAUGCUAAAAAAAGAGUAUGAUGAAUCUUUGCAGGAUUUGAAUGGUGCUUUAAAUAUUGAAUAUAAUUCGUCGUCGAAUGAGUCGCAAAGCCUAGGUGAUCUGGUUGGUAUUUUAGAUGAUAAUGAGGAAGAAACAGAGGAGAUAAUUACCUCCUCCAAAUGCUAUACUAAAUCUCAUGUUUUGGCAUUGUGUUAUCGUGGUUCUGUGUACAGAAAUAAGAAUGAUUAUGAUAGUGCAUUGAUAGAUUUGAAUACGGUUUUGACUAAUGAUCCGAGUAAUACUUUUGCACUUUAUGAACGAAGUUCUAUAUAUAGAGAUACGAAACGAUUCGAUGAAGCUUGGAUGGACAUUGAAAAAGCUUUGAAAAUAGAUAUUGAAGUGGAUGUGUAA